AUACAGUAUACAGUAGUGUACAGUAUAUACAUAGGAUGUUGCUUCCUCUGUUACAGAGAACGCUACCCAGGGUGGGGCUGCGAUGGCAGCACCGAGCCACUGCAGAGGUGGCCAAUGAACCCAUCUUGGCAUUCAAGUCCGGCAGCCCCGAACGAGCAGCUCUGCAGAAGGCUCUAAAUGAUUUGAAAGGCAAGACCGAAUCCAUCCCGUGUGUCGUCGGAGGAGAGGAGGUGUGGACGGCUGAUGUGAGGUAUCAAGUCUCGCCUUUCAACCAUUCCCACAAAGUGGCCAAAUACUGCUACGCAGAUAAGGACUUGCUGAACAAGGCCAUCAACGCCGCUGUGGCCGCCCGAAGGGAAUGGGACCUGCGGCCUGUCCAGGACCGUGCAGAGAUAUUUUUCAAAGCGGCCAACCUGCUGAGCGGUCCCAGGAGGGCGGAAAUCUUGGCCAAGACCAUGGUGGGACAGGCAAAGACCGUCAUCCAAGCGGAGAUUGACGCGGCCGCGGAGCUCAUCGACUUCUUCCGUUUCAACGCCAAGUAUGCCGUGGAGCUGGAGGAACAGCAGCCACUCAGCGUUCCACCCAGCACCAACAGCAUGAUCUAUCGGGGGCUGGAGGGUUUCAUUGCCGCUGUCUCCCCCUUCAACUUCACCGCCAUCGGAGGGAACCUGGCAGGAGCUCCAGCUUUGAUGGGGAACGUGGUCCUCUGGAAACCUAGUGACACAGCCAUGCUGUCCAGCUAUGCCGUCUACAAGAUCCUUUUGGAAGCGGGGCUUCCGCCCAAUGUCAUCCAGUUCGUCCCGGCCGACGGCCCCGUUUUUGGCGAUGCAGUGACCGCCUCGGAGCACUUUUGUGGGCUCAACUUCACUGGCAGCGUACCAACCUUCAAACGACUCUGGAAGCAGGUCUCCGAGAACCUGGAUCGGUACCGCACCUUCCCACGGCUUGCUGGGGAGUGCGGCGGCAAGAACUUCCACUUUGUCCACGCCUCGGCGGACGUGCCCAGCGUGGUGAGCGGGACCCUGCGCUCGGCCUUCGAGUACGGCGGGCAGAAGUGCUCGGCCUGCUCCCGCCUCUAUGCCCCCGACUCUCUGUGGCCCCGCAUCAAAGCCGCGCUCCUGGAAGAGCACCGGAAGAUCAAAGUGGGCGAUCCGACAGAUUUCGAGACGUUCUUCUCUGCUGUCAUCGACCACAAGUCUUUCGAGCGCAACAAGAAGUGGCUCGUCCACGCCGAGACGUCGCCGAACCUCAGCAUCCUGGCCGGGGGCGGGUGCGACGAUAAGGUUGGCUAUUACGUCCAGCCGUGUAUUAUUGAGACGAAGGACCCAAAAGACGCCAUCAUGCAAGAGGAAAUUUUCGGGCCCAUCCUGACUGUGUAUGUUUACCCGGAGAGUCGGUACAAAGAUGUCCUGCAGCUGAUUGACAACACUUCUCCGUAUGGCCUCACGGGGGCAGUGUUUGCCCAAGAUAAAGCCGUCAUUGACGAAGCGGCAAAGGUCCUGAGGAACGCAGCUGGGAACUUCUACAUCAACGACAAGUCAACUGGCUCCGUCGUGGCGCAGCAGCCAUUCGGUGGAUCCCGGGCCUCAGGAACGAACGACAAGCCCGGGAGCCCUCACUACAUCCUGCGCUGGACGUCCCCGCAAGCUGUCAAAGAAACCCACGCACCCCUGGGGGACUGGAAGUAUCCGUACAUGCAGUGAUGCAGCUCUCGACGGUGCCUUUUAUCUUGGAGCCGCAGUUGGGUUACCGACCCACCGCACUGUGGAUCUGUUAAAGUAGUGGCAAUCUUUCAUAAUGCACAGGUGUAUUUAGGAACUGAUGCCCCCUCCCCAAAGCCCUUGGGGAACCUUAUUUCCUGUUUUGGAGGAAACAUUGAGGCUCAGUGCAAUGUUAGCCUUUGAAAUAAUCUUUAAUUAUUAACAUUAUUUUAAUCUUUGAAAAGCUCUCUUAAUUUUAACACCUUUUAAACCUCGGUAGGAUUCCAGAUUUGCUGAGCUCAGCACUCCUGAUCCGAGUCGCUAAAAAGUUUUGCAUCAUUCUAUUUUCCCACCUAAAAACUGUGCCCUGCUCCCACCUGGGCAGAGGAAUUAUGGUUUCUCUGCCGAGAGCAACUUUGUUAAAAUGUCGGUUCAUAGGGGCAUUCGCAUGUCUGAGCUGACCCUGCAGCCUUUGAGCUCAGAGUUGUGGGUUGGAAAACACACACACACAAACACACACACACACACAUAUAUGGUAUAUAUAUAGAAUCUCCAAAACCCAAGAUCCCAUUGGCCAAUAUUAUUUGGACAACAAUGUCUCUUUCUAUAUACACCUCACCUGCUGUAGAUUUGAUCACUGAAGUGGGGCUAGGCAAAGGUGGGUUUUUUUGUUUUUGUUUUUGAAAAAAGGAUGCCUGUUUUCGCAGCCCAGAUAUUUUUAUCCAGAUUCCGGCAUCAACUUUCCAAAUAAAAUAAAAUCAGGUCAAAAGAAGGAUACUUUGGAGGGGAAAGUUAAAACGGAAUGAUUGGUUUGUGGGCGACUAACAUGCAAUAUGUUUAACAGCUCAACGCGGCUGUUAAAUUCAGUGUUAAUAAUAAUGUAACAGGGUGUAUAUUUUUAUGUGCCUUUGGAACAAAGAGAGCUUAGUAAAUCUGAUAAAGAUUUCAUGCGUU